AUGGCGUGUCCCAUCAGCGUCAGCAAGUUCGUCGGCACCGUGUCCCUCGGUCUGCUUACGGGCCUCUCCUUCUCUACAUCAGCAAUUACUAUCCCCGCCCUCCAACUCCUCCCGACUGCGACCACCGCCGCGCGCUCCCUCAAUGAAGUCAAGCGCCUCAGUCGCCGCUACGCCCUCCGCCUCUCUUUCCUGACAAACUCCUGCUUCUGCUUCGCAUGGUGUCUCUCUUCCCCGCGCCGCCGCCACCCCUACAUGGUCUGGCUGUGGGCAUUCUCCACCAUUAGUGCGCACGGCGUAGACUUCUGGUUCAACCGCCACCUCGGUCUGAAGGGAUGGAUCUCCGCGGUCAUCCGGGAUGUGUCGCAUUUCUCGCUGGCCGAUGCGAAGAAGGAUGAAGACCUAGUGGUCGUUGAGACUGAGGAUGAUGUCAAUGGGGAGACUGUGCAGCGGGAGAUGGGACGGGAGCGCAACUUGCACUGUGUGCGUGCUUGGUUGUCUGGCGUUGCGCUGUCUAUUGGCAUUGUUGGGCUUUGGGGAGAUAAGCGCUGA